ACCUCAUUAACACCAGAGCUACACCACGCAUCUGCUGGAACGCUUUGUUUUCUUUUUAGCGAUUCUUCUGAAGAAAAUGGAGAGAGAGAAAGACAGACAGACAGGUCACUGGAGACUCUCCUUUAAUAUGCCUGUCUGUCUCUCUGUGCUUGCUUAUGGAGACUCAACCUAUCUGCUGUAAAACAGAGACAGACAGACAGACAGACGGAGGACGAGAGCAGAGAAUGUUGAAAGGAAACCAGCAGCAGCAGCUUGAGAAAGAGAGCAGCUGUAAAAUGGGGGAGAGAGAGAGAGAGCAGCGUUGCCCUGAGAUACAGGAUGUCGUAAUGAGACGGAGGAGCGCUACACUGCGGAGGGGAGCAGAGAGACGCACACAGAGAGAGACGGCUCAUGUUUCCACCCGCAGCAGCGCAGAUCCCCCCGCCCCCGUGAGCAGUGGUGCAGCCCGCUGCGCGCACAGAUCUGUUAUUGUGCAGUGCUGCAGAACACAGAGAGACAGACAGUGUGUGGGAGCCUCGCACUUUUUCAGCGUCAUUCAGGAAACGACAGAGGCGGAGGACGAGUGCGAGCGAGCAGCUACAGCCGGACUGAGAAACAGAAAGGCGGCAGGGCAGCGGUGCUGAGAAUUUCCUCACGUCUGCCGCUCUCCGGAGCGUGUGUCCUCCAUCCUUUACCUUCCUGUGAGGAAGAGGAGGAGGAGGAGGAGGAAGAGUUCCCCCUCCCCUCGCGUUCAGCAGAACGCUCCGGAAAGAGAGAGAGUUUUAUUCCUCCUUGGUUCGGCUCCGUUCUUCUCUCGGGAGCGAGCGGCUUGCCCAUGUCCGUCAACUCAGAAAAAUCCUCUUCCCCGGAAAGGCCUGACACACAGAAGGUUCCAUCCACUCCUCCUCCUCCUCCUCCUCCUCCCCCUCCGCCCCCUCCUCCUGAGCCUGUUGCCCCACCGGAGCCAGAGGAGGAGAUUCUGGGCUCUGAUGAUGAAGAGCAGGAGGAUCCGGCCGACUACUGCAAAGGAGGUUACCAUCCCGUGAAGAUCGGCGACCUGUUUAACGGCAGAUACCAUGUCAUCCGCAAGCUGGGCUGGGGUCACUUCUCCACCGUCUGGCUGUGCUGGGAUAUUCAAGCGAAGCGUUUUGUUGCGAUGAAGGUCGUAAAGAGUGCACAGCACUACACAGAAACGGCACUGGAUGAAAUUAAAUUACUCAGAUGUGUGCGUGAGACUGAUCCUGAUGAUCCUUAUAAGGACAUGGUUGUUCAACUCAUAGACGACUUCAAGAUCUCGGGGGUGAACGGGAUUCACGUGUGCAUGGUGUUUGAAGUUCUUGGUCAUCAUUUGCUCAAGUGGAUCAUCAAGUCAAACUAUCAGGGUUUGCCGUUACCCUGCGUCAAGAGCAUCAUUAGACAGGUUCUGCAGGGCCUCGAUUACCUUCACAGUAAGUGUAAGAUCAUCCACACGGACAUCAAACCGGAGAACAUCCUCAUGUGUGUGGACGAGGCUUUCGUGCGCAGGAUGGCGGUCGAGGCCACCGAGUGGCAGAAAGCCGGAGCGCCGCCACCAUCUGGAUCCGCUAUCAGCACGGCUCCUCAACUCAAACAGGUGGGGAAGAUCUCCAAAAAUAAAAAGAAGAAGCUGAAGAAGAAGCAGAAGCGGCAGGCGGAGCUGCUGGAGAGACGCAUGCUGGAGAUCGAAGCCCUGGAGCGAGAGGCGGAGAAGCAGAGAGCCGGCGGAGGGUUAGACGCCACACACGGUCCCAUCCUGGCUCUUGUGGACAGCGAGGAUGAUGAAGAGGAUGAUGAGGAUGCCGAUGAGGACGAGGAAGCCGAGGGAGAGAAGGAGCGGCCUGUCAGACUCACCAACCACACAUGUGCGGAGCCGGAUCAGGAUCAGCAGGAAAUAGAGGAGAACGAGGAAGGUUCUGACGUCCUUCCCGCCACCAACUAUCCCACUGAAGAAGAGUCACAUACGUGUGCACACUCUCCAACUGAGCAACAGAACACUGCUGAGAACGAGUGUGAAAACUCAAAAGAACAAGAAGAGCAGGAUGGAAAUGAGGAUGUGAGAGAGGAAGAGGACGAUAAAGAGGAGGAAGAGGAGACAGAAGCCACACCCUCACAGAGCACAGAGGAAGAGUCAAAGACACAAGAGUGUCCAAACAAGGAAGAAAUAGAUCCACCGAAAGUGACAAUAGAGAGACAAGAAGAUGAGGAGGAGGAGGAGGAGGAGGAGGAGGAUGAAUACGAAGAUGAAGAAUAUGAUGAGGAGGAGGAGGAGGAGGCAGAUAAUGAAGGCCAGGAUCAUUCCAGGAAGGACCACAAUGAUGCCUCUAAGACGAAUGGUCACGUGAUCAUGUGUGUGCAGGAGCAUCUGUCACCCAGCGUGCCGCUAUCCUCGCCUCUCCUCUGCCCUCUGGUGGAGUCGGAGAUCAGCACGACCGACCGCGAUGCUUCCGACGCCUCGUACGAGCUCUACAAUGGAGAAACCGGACUGACGAACGGAGCGCGGCACCGUGGCACCACACCACGCUUCCCUGAGCUUCCUCUGGAUCCCGAACCGGCCGACUGCGAGCACGACGAGGCCCAGGCGCUCAGUGGCAACACGGACCGCAGCCGAACGGUGUCAUCGUCCAGCACCGGAGACACGCCAAAAGUGAGGGUCAGAGCGGCUGAUCUGCUGGUGAAUCCUCUGGAUCCGAGGAACGCAGACAUACUGAGAGUCAAAAUAGCUGAUCUGGGCAAUGCAUGCUGGGUGCACAAACACUUUACGGAGGACAUCCAGACGAGGCAGUACCGCUCCAUCGAGGUGCUGAUCGGAGCGGGAUACAGCACUCCCGCUGAUAUAUGGAGCACGGCCUGCAUGGCAUUUGAGUUGGCCACUGGUGACUAUCUGUUUGAGCCGCACUCUGGUGAAGACUACUCUCGUGAUGAAGACCACAUCGCUCUGAUUAUGGAGUUACUGGGAAAAAUCCCCCGCAAGAUCAUCGCAGCCGGAAAAUACAGCCGUGAGUUCUUCUCAAAGAAAGGUGAGCUGAGGCACAUCACCAAACUCAAGCCCUGGUCUCUGUUUGACGUGCUGGUGGAGAAAUACGGCUGGUCGGCUGAGGACGCCGGUCACUUCACGCACUUCCUGCUGCCCAUGCUGGAGAUGGUGCCGGAGAAACGGGCCUCCGCUUCAGAAUGCCUCAACCACCCCUGGCUGAACUCGUAGCACUUUCAUCCCUCAGACUCAUCGACGCCCCCCGGUGGCCCCGUCCUGAACUGCAGCCCACAGGAAGAACCAGAGAGAGGAGGCUGUCAGAGGGGCGAGGGUGGGCUUCAGCGCACACACACACACACACACACACACACACACACGGGAGAAACGAGACAUCUUCAUCUCUCAUCUGAGAGACGAAGCUUCAUUCACCGUCUUCCUCAACAGAACUGACACAUUUUACAGGCUGAAAACAGAACGUGAGAUCAUUUCGCAUUAUGCCUUCAGCCAAACUCUCGUGAACGCCCUAAAAAAACAUAUAUAAGCUCACACAGAGAUUAAUAUAUUAUGUGAGCGAUCAGUCUGUGAUAUACUGAUUUGUCUCAAUGACUGCGAAUCUCACUGACGCAGCUGUGAAUAUGUGUGUGUGUGUGUGUGUGUGUGUGAACAGCACUAACUGCUAGUUGAUGUUUCUGUCAAGAAGCCCACCUGAGUCCCUGGAGCCCUGCCUCUUUUGCCCCACCAUGCAAUCAGGUUCUGAGCUGUUUACAAACCUCUCUCUCUCUCUCACACACACACACACACACACACUGCCCUGGGAAAUAUGAAUCCAGAAGACAAAGAGACACUUUGGUUUGUGGAGAGCAAACAGAUGGACGUUAGCGCCAAUGACUGUUCCCCGUCUGGUUUAAUGUUUUUAUUUAAAGCUUCGAUUCUUGAUUCCGACAACAACAUUCCUGAUUCUCCAGCGGUGCGACGCGCUCGCUUACGCCUUCUCUGCACUUUCUCCGGCAGGACGGGCAUCUCGCUCCGGGGCUUUAGUUUAAUGAGGCUGCACUUGUGUUUGUACUUUUUGUUCAGGGAAACUUACCGAUGUACAGAGAUCCAGCAAACUGUCCAAAAACUCACAACUGCUUGAGCGCAAGAUAAAUACACACUGCUGUUAGGAGACGGUUGUCAUGGAGACGUGCACGUGGAUGGUCGUCAUGGAGAUGUGCUGCAGCCGUUUCUAUGGCCUCACGCUGCUCGAAAUACAUCAUCAUCAUCAUCAUCAUCAUCAUCACAGUUAGUCCAGUUGCCUAUUUUCGCAAUAAGAGUAGAUGGUGAAAUAUUUUUAAAAAUAUUUAAAUUCAUUUAAAAAGUAAAGCAGUUCUCUGAUGUUGUGACAGUGACAGAGUUUAGUCGUAAUAAGGUGAUUGUGUUUCGUCUAUUUUCAGAUAUUUUAUUUCCUUUGUUUUGUUUUUUAUUUGGUUGUCACUUCCUUCGUGGCAUUGACUCGUGCUGCUCUGUGAGGACUCAUGUGACAGUCAUGAAUUUUAUUGAACAUUUUUGCAAUAAUAGUGAUUAUGAUGGUGAAUUUUUGCACCGGAAGCUCCUGUUGUGUCUCACGCAGCCACGCUGACUGUUCUUCCCAACGUCGACAAUUGUGUCCUUGUUUUUCAUCAACAGAUUUAAUAAAAUUGUAAAUUAAUGGA